AAUAGAGGAAGUAUGUCAAACCAAAGCCAAGGCCAGAGCUUUAAAGGCUGUUAUACCAAGUCCUGGAAAUACUGCGCGUGACACCGCAACCAAGGUCGCCACAACUGCUUAGCCAUGUCCAUACAGCUGCUGCUUAAGGGGAUACUCUUUUUUAUGAACUUCGUCUACUGGUUCUUCGGAGGCACAACUAUGCUCAUGGGCGUCUACCUGUUCAUGGUGAAGGUGCGCAUCCUGCACCGCUACCUCGACCUAGCUUUUGACCCGGCGGUGUUCCUAGUCGUGGUCGGCUGCCUCGUCUUCGUCAUAGCUGGACUCGGAUUCGUCGGAGUGCUGCGCGAGAACACGUGUUUCCUCCGUGCUUAUGGCUUGUGCCUGUCCUGCAUCCUGUCUGCCGCCUUCUUUGUGGCUGUGUUGACCGUCGUGUGGCCCACGCUGAGCCCGUCCGACAGCUCGCGCCUCGAGAGCGUCCUGAGGCGUGCCGUGGUCAUCUACAGGGACGACCCAGACAUGGAAGACCUCGUCAACACGCUCCAGUCGUCACUGCGCUGCUGCGGCAUCACCCAUCGGGGCUACCUGGACUGGCAGCACAACGCCUACUUCAACUGCUCCCAGUCGAACCCGAGUCGCGAGCGAUGCGGCGUGCCCUAUUCCUGCUGCAGAGACCGGGGCCAUUUGCCGAGCGUGAUGUGUGGCUACGGCGUCAUGGACACGUCCCGCAGGUCGUUUGCCUCGGUUGAGCGCUCAGUGUACACGCAGGGUUGCUUGCAAGCGUUGGCGGACUUAGUGCGGGAAAACUUGUCUUUGGUAAGCGCAGUAUCGGCGGUAGCUGUUGGGUCGCUAGCCGUGGGCGUAGCCGGUGCCUGGUUCCUCGUAGAAUCCAUUGAUGAGGUUAGGCGGGCUGUCACGCUCCAAAGCAGGGCUGUUACUCAGUCGAUGGCAUGUAUCGAACAGGUAUAGGUCACUUGCGUAAGUGGAGCCUUUACAAGUAACCUUACG